UUCACGCCAGUCUUUCGAGGUCCCACCGGACCGCACGGAGUCUCGCUGUGUUAGAUUCUAGACUUGGAAAUUUCAGGAGUCAACUAGACAGGCUGGUUUUUUCAUUCAACGCCAUCUCAGUAAAUAACGAACGAUCGAGACAUGCGCGGUGAUAUCAGGUGCCGAAACAUGUGCGCGAUAAAAGAGACGAACUACUACCAGCUGCAGCAGCUCGUUUGACCCUGUAGUCGAUUUUUUUAAAAACUAUAUACAUACAUAUGUAUAUACCUUAGAUUGAAUAUUGAAUGUAAAAAGAAGAAUCAUUUUACAGAAAUGCCUAUCAACAAAAUUAUUCACGUGAUUUUUGUAAUCCUGGCUACGUCACGAUGGAUUUCCAGCGUCUACAUACCGCCCGGUCCGCGUUUUCGGUGCCCGGAACGUCAGAUUCUGUUUCAGCCAUGCAUCUGCAUCCGAGGUAGCGAUAAUGGAAUUUACGCGAAAUGCGAAAACGCGAACUUAGCCAGCCUGAGUCUCGGGCUGAUAAAUUUAUCCCACGAAAAUCUGCCGAUCGAAGAACUCGUUCUGAACAAAUGCAAUAUCGGUCGAAUGUACGGUCCAGCUUUAUACCCGCUAAAAGUGCGGAUUUUGAGAUUCGUUGACACGCCGCUGAGACUGAUAGACGAGCACAGUUUUUUGGGGGUGAACAGAACACUGCAGGAAUUACACUUGGUGAGAACGAGAUUGCAGAAAUUUCCAAAGGAAGCAUUCUCGAUUUUGGGGAAUUUAACGAUACUCAACAUCGACGGUCACGAAAUGAGCGAGUUACCGAAGGACAGCUUCACCGGCAGCAUGGCGGCCGGGAAAAUCGAAAAAAUCUCCAUUACGAACGGUACACUCUCCUCUCUGCCUGUCGAGGCUUUGGCUCCUCUGAGGAAGGUGAAGAGCGUCGAUCUGCACGGGAACAAAAUAAAAGAGCUGAAGCGUAACCAAUUCCGCGGGUUGCGAGAGGUUGAUUGGCUCGACAUUUCGGACAACUUGAUCUCAAAAUUGGAUCCGUCGAAUCUGGCCGACCUGACGAAGCUGAACUUCUGCAAUCUGUCCCGAAACGCGAUACCGGAACUCAAAAAAGCAACUUUCUCCAGGAAUUCUCUCCUCCAAGUUGUGAAUCUCAGUCACAACAUGAUCAAAAAAUUGGACGCGAACACGUUUAGAGGCUUGAGAUUCAUGCGGCGGCUCUACUUGAGCGAUAACAACAUCGGCGAUGUGGGUCGUGGAACUUUUGGAUCGGUUACUCGAAUCGGCACGAUAGAUUUGGCCCGAAAUUCGAUAAAGAAAAUCGACUUCCAGAUGUUUAAUCAACUCCAGUACGCUGAGGUACUGGACGUAUCGGAAAACGAGGUGACACUGAUAGAAAAGCAAUCGUUCAAGGACCUCUACUUGGCGCGUGUAAAUCUCUCCUACAACCAAAUAUCGAGCAUAGAACCAGAGGCAUUUGUGAACUGUGCAAACAUAACGCUUGACCUGAGUCACAACCUGCUGGAAAACAUAUCAAAACACGCGUUCGACAGCUCGACUUACGCUCUGGAGUUGCAGUUGAGUUACAACAUGUUCACGGAGCUGAAUCAGGUUCCGCUGCACAACAUGAGCGGUCUUCAGAUACUUAACGUAUCUCACAACUCCAUGCACUCGGUACCGAGACAAACAUUUCCCAAGUUGUACGAGCUACACACUAUCGACCUAUCGUACAACAACAUAUCCGAGAUACAAAAUGGAAUAUUCCAGACACUGUUCAGUCUCCGAUUCCUAAACCUGUCCCACAAUUCACUGCAGAAGAUCAAACCCUCGACUUUCGGAACCCUUCCGACUCUCCUUGAUCUCGACAUGAGCUACAACAAGCUUGACGACAUUUCGAGAGGCAGUUUGUCCAAACUUGCCAGUUGUAGGACUCUAACGGUGAAGAACAACUCGUUGACAAAGAUAUUCCAGCUACCGAUAUCACUGGGUCACCUGGACUUCUCGGAGAAUGAACUUGAGGAGAUACCAACGACCGAAGUAUGGCCGUCGAUGAAUUCCCUGCUGUCUUUGGAUCUCUCGAGAAAUCGGUUAGCCGACAAUCUCCAGCACGGUAGUUUCGCCACUUUGUUAACCCUGCGAUCCUUGCACCUCGUCGAAAACAACAUGACUAAACCACCGCAGGCCGCGCUGGGUAGUCUGAGUAGUUUGCAAUAUCUCUAUAUGCAGGGGAACCAUUUAACCUCGUUGGACAAAGCGGCGUUUGGUAGAUUGCCGAUAGUGUUUGAGUUGAACCUGUCGAACAACAAAAUAGCGAACGUGAGCCUGCGAGCAUUCGAAGGUCUGCUGCAGCUCCUUACCUUGAAUUUAUCCGACAACGCGAUAAGCCACAUACCGAAUGGAGCCUUUCAGGGACUCGUGUCUCUGCGGAGUUUGGACCUGUCGAAGAACCAGCUUGAUAAAUUGGACAACAAAACGAACGGCCUCCUCGACGACUGUCUGUCGCUGGAGAAGAUAAACCUCAGCCACAACAGGAUAUCGUUCAUAACGCGAAAAAUGUUCCCUAACGAUCCUUGGAUUCCGUACAGACUUAGAGAAAUCGAUCUGUCUUACAACACGAUGCCGGUAAUGACCUUCGACCUGACGAUAGGCACGAAAAAAGUGAAGCGGCUGAAUUUGAGCCACAACAACAUCAACGAGAUCAGAAAAUAUGUAAUCGGAAACCUAACCUCCCUCGAGUAUCUGGACCUAUCCUACAACGAUUUGGGCGACAUCUCGGGGCCAAACGUGUUCCAGGAUCCAGCGAAUUUGAGCGAAGUAUACCUAAACGACAACCACUUGGCGUCCAUUCCUCUGGACAAAAUAAUACCGAUGAAACACUUGAGGGUACUCGACCUGCGGGGCAAUGAAUUUGGAAGCUUCAACAUCGAGCUGUUGAAGAUAAUAAAAAACGGCACGGAUCUUCGCUACGGUGGUAAUCCGCUUCACUGCGACUGUUACGUGAGACCAUUGCGUCGAUGGCUGUCAACGCUAACUGAAAUUCCGGAAUCAUGGACGGAGCCAAAAUGUUCGAGUCCAUAUUUUCUUGCGAAUAAAUCGGUGGUCGCAGUAACGGAGGACCUGAUGGUUUGCGGAGAACGAGAAGUGCAGGACAAUCCGGAUUUCGACGUAACACCGGACGUCAAGUACCGUAGCGUGAAUUACAACGAAGAGGAUAAUUCGUGGAAGGUGACGUGGUUCGUUUCCUCGCGGGAUGACAUCGGGGACUUUUACGUCGUGGUAAGGGAGGCCGGGAGAACAGAGGAGAAUGCGGUUGAAAAAUCGGCGCCGAUAAAGCCGAUAUUCGAAAAGGACGUCGUGUACAUAGAGAGAUCGUUAACGAUACGAGAUCUUCCGGAAUCGUCCUCGAGGAAAUUAGAGAUGUGCGUUUUAGCCCGAGACUCGAUCGGUAACGUGAAGCAUUUCCGAAAAUCGCAGUGCCGAUUUCUCGACAAAAACAACCCUAACUUCGUUAUGAACUCCGGUUCGGCACUUUCCUUAUUCUAUCUAAGAUUUUUCACUCUAGUAACCUGCUUUGCUUUUGUACGUUUACCAUGAAUCGCGUUUGUGCACAAUUACU